AUGUCCCUGAGAGAACCUCUGAGGGCGCGAGCACCCCUGGGAGGGCCCUUGGGGGAGCCAGCAUCCCUGCUAGGGCCCCUGAGGGCACCACCAUCCCUGGGAGGGCCCCUGGAGACCUUUGGUACGGACCUUGGCAGUGCCCCUGGGGGCGCCAAUGACCCUGAGAGGGACCCUGGGAGCGCUAAUAUCCCUAGGAGAGCCCCUGGGGGCGUUGCCGUCCCUGUCAGGACCCCUGAGAGCGCUGCUGUCCCUGGGAGGGCCCCUGUGAGUGCUGAUGUUCUUGGGUCAUCAUCCCUGGCAGGGGCCCUUGAGACCCUUGGUACGGUCCCUGGGAUCGGCGACGACCCUGAGAGGUCCCCCAAGAGCUCUGCUGUCUUUGGCAUUGCCCCUGGGUUCGCCACCGCCCCUGAGAGGGACCCUGGGAGCGCUGCUGUCCCUGGGAGAGCCCAUGGGAGCACCACCACCCCCGAGAGGGACCCUGGGAGCACCGCUGUCCCAGGGAGGGCCUCUGUGAGUGCAGAUGUCCCUGAGAGAGCCCCUGAGGGCGCGAGCACCCCUGGGAGGUCCCUUGGGGGAGCCAGCAUCCAUGGUAGGGCCCCUGAGGGCACCAGUACCCCUGGCUGGGCCCCUGGUAGCGCUGCAUAUUCUGGGAGGGCUCUUUGGGGCACAACGGUCCCUGUAAGGGCUCCUGGGCGCUCGGCUGUCCCUGGGAGUGCCACUAAACCUGGCAGAGCGCCUGAGGGCACCACCAUCCCCGGGAGGGCCCCUGGGAGAGCCACUGGGGUCGCCCCUGUCCUUGGGAGGGCCGCUGUGGGCUCCAGCGCUCCUGGCAGGGCCUCUGGGGGUGCCACCCUACCUGGAAAGGUCCCUGAGGGCGCUGCCGUCCUUUGGAUGGUCCCUGGGAUUGCCUCUUUCCCCAGGAGAGCCCCCCGGGGCGCCUCCACCCCUGGGGGACCAACCGUCCCCUGGCAAGGCCCGUGGGGGCGCCAUGGCCCCUAG